AGAUACGCCCGUACUCUCCGCAACAAACCCACGUUGGGCAAGGAACAAGACGUAGAAAUUGAGCCCAAAAUCACAACAAAAUGCCUCGUGCAAAGCGCAGAAAGAUUAUUUCUCUUACCCAAACAAAGAAGAAGGGUUUGGAAAUGAAACAGAACUUAGUUGAAGAAAUCAGAAAUUCUAUUGACAACUAUGACCACAUCUACAUCUUCUCAGCACAUCACAUCAGAACGAACAAACUCAAAGACAUGCGUUUAGAAUGGGGACAGAGCAGGUUUUUCCUAGGUAAAAAUAAGGUAAUGGCACUAGCCUUAGGUAGAACGCCUGAGGAAGAACUUCAUGAGAAUCUCUAUAAGCUGUCGCAGAAGCUUGUUGGUCAGUGCGGACUUCUCUUCACCAACGCAGAAAAGGAAGAAGUGCUUGAGUAUUUUGAGACGAGGAAAUAUCCCGUUUCCCCAAACUCGGGAGACAUUGCUACAGAAACCAUUGAGCUGAAGGCAGGACUCUUAGAGCAGUUCCCUCACUGCAUGGAACCUCACCUUAGAAAACUGGGGCUGCCAACACGCUUGCAGAGGGGGAUUCCAGAGCUCCUGCAGGACUUCACUGUUUGCACUGAAGGCAAGCCCCUCACUGCAAAUCAAGCUAAUAUUCUUAGACUUUUAGGAAAAGAUAUGUCACUGUUCUACCUUCAAAUGGAAUACCACUGGAGUAAAGAAGACGGUUGCUUCGAAAAACUUUUGCCAUCGGUAACAACUCCAACUAAGGCUGGAACAAAAAGGAAGUUAGCAGACCGUGAUGAUAUGGAUGAGGAUGAAGAGGAUAACGAUAAUGAUGAUGAUGACGAUGAGGAGGAGAGAAGGCGAUGAAGAUGAGAUGAUGAAGAAGAAGACGAUAGUUAAUUUGGUUAUUAUUAUUAUUAUUAUUUUUUAAUACAUUUAUUUUAAUGUAUUUCUUGAUUUGACUUAGAACUGUAUUUUGGUAAAUACAAAAAUAUGUUAAGCAAAAAU